AUGCGAAUAUGGAGAGCUUAUGGUAUUGGGCAGGGUAAGCUGAUUCCUUACCAAGAUUUAAUCGUAAAGCCUCAGGGUCCUACAGGACUUGUUGUAAAUGAGAUCUUCUUACUGCUCAAGGCGGCUUGGCUCUAUAAGUCAACAAUAAAUAGUGAUGGUGAAAAAUCGAAUGAUCUUUUCGCUUGUUCUGAGCCAGGCUACAACAUGGUUUUUAAAAAAUGCAGUGAACUAGAGAGUCACCUGAAUAUCGGCGAGCACUGCCACAUUCGCCGAAAUUUUGAUAAAGCUUAUGACAGACUUAAAAGAGACUGGGCGGAGAAAUUCCUCAUUAUUGACAGAGAGGAUAGUGACAGUGCACCCUUAGAAUCUAGUGGUGAAGAACAGCACGAACGCGGAACAAGUAGUGCUGGCAAUCCCUGUUCAAGCAAUCCAUGCCUGAAUAAUGGCACCUGCACUAGUGACCCUAGUGGCUCCUAUGCUUGUGCAUGUCCACCGAUGUACACUGGUUCUCUGUGUGCCACUUUGCAGGGUAGGGCCAAAGAUUUCAGGACUUAUGUUCUUCAAACCCCUGUCAGAACGGCGGAAGCUGCAUUAAUACGCCAGAUGGCUUCAAGUGCACAUGCCUCAUGUGAGUGUCACGGGCCUCUUGGAAUGCAAAGUGGUGCAAUUCGAGACCAUCAGAUUAUUGCAUCUUCGGAAAAAGACAAUUCUUCUCGCGUUCGCUUUGCAAGACUGCACUAUGAGUACAAUAAGGAGCCAAUGUCUUGGGUACCUUUGCUGGACCAUAGAAAUCAAUGGUUGCAGGUUUAUUUAGGGAACGAGCUGACCUGGGUCACAGGUGUAGCCACCCAAGGAAAACAGGGUAAAAGAAAAGCAUGGGUCAAAAAAUUCCUGCUGAGGUACUGGGGAGCUAGAGUGCGAGUGCAGUAUUAUAAGGGCCAUGGGGAUGUCCACGCCAAGACAUUUACUGCAAAUAAAGACAGUAGCAGCGUUUCCCACAAUGAACUGAACCCACCUGUCAGAGCGAGUGUCUUUCGCUUCAGUCCAACGAAGUGGCACAAUAACAUAGCGUUGAGGAUAGAGCUCUAUGGAUGUCGAGAUUCGUGUUUGUCAUAUCCCUGUCGGAAUGGUGGAACCUGCAACCGCAACUUAACAUCCGGAGGUUACACUUGCAGUUGUUCUCUAGGAUACAAUGGUGAUAGAUGUGAGAUUGCUGAUCAGUGUUCCCCUAGUCCUUGUUUCAACGGAGGAACUUGUGAAUACAUCCAUGAAUGGCCGUAUUUUGAGUGCGAUUGUCCAUUUUCUUACUCAAGUUAUAAUUGUGGAUCUCAGUCAGGUGACCCGUGUUCACCCCAGCCCUGUCUGAAUGGAGGAACCUGUACACCAGAGAGUAACCCGCUGGGUUUUGAAUGCAGUUGCCCUUCAGGGUAUAUUGGAUUUAAUUGUGGCGUCGAGCAAGGUGACCGAUGCUCUAACAACCCUUGCAACAAUGACGGGAUGUGCACAGCAGAGAGCAACCUUCUUGGAUACAGUUGUAACUGCACUUCAGAAUUUGUCGGUUUUGAUUGUUCUCUUCUAAAAGACGAUCCCUGUCUCCCAAAUCCAUGUAAAAACGAUGGUAAUUGUAUAAGGACAGCUGACCUAAAGGAUUUCACGUGCAAUUGUACCUCAGAAUACACCGGUGAUACAUGUGAGAACAGGACAGUUCACGGCAACUGGAGCGACUGGAAUGAAUGGCCCAACUGUAACAAACCCUGUAAUGGCGGAUCUAGAACAAGGAAACGCACAUGUGAUAACCCAGCACCAGCUUUUGGUGGGAAAAACUGCGAAGGUUUACCCACAGAAAUGGAGAGCUGUAAUUUGGCAAGUUGUCCAGCUGAAAUGAUAAACUACAAACUCAAGUUAAAAAGUAGAGACUGGAACAGCAAUCUAGUUAGAGUAGAAAGUGAAGAUUACAUGGACCUUGAAGAAACAAUUAAGAAAGAGGUCAUUUCUUUUACGGCAAUUUUAGUCCGUUUUAUUACUUAUGUCAUCAAUUUUUACAACAAAAGAGAUGAAGAUGUUACAGUGGUGGUUUUGGAGUUCAGUUAUGGAGAUCGUUCGCCCCGUUCUGUUCCUGCUCGUAUUUUUGGUAUCGCAUGGACCCUGACUGGUCUAGUUAUUAUCUCAAUUCUGAUUGGUACAAUUUGUUCAGCGCUCACGUCUUCAACUAUAUCAUAUCCCGUUACCCUCUAUGGCACAAAGAUUGGAGCCAUUCAAAACUCUACAGAGCAACGCGUCGGCACUUUGAAAAACGCAAGAGUAAAUGAAGAUAAGAAAUAUACCAACUUUGAGGACAUCCGUUCAGCGCUGGAGGAUGGAAAAGUUGAAGGUGCUCUUUUAGACACAUAUGUUGCGGCGGAACACAAAGACGAGCUCUUCAACGACAAAAUAUUCGUCAAAGAGAUUCUGGACAGACCAUUUGGUUAUGGAGUUGUUCUAUCAGGAGCAGCAGUAAAUGUGGAACAGAGAUGUCGCGAUUACAUCAGCAUGCAAAUAAGCAAAAUAAUCCAAAUCAUCCAGAACACAACAGAAACGCUUGAUCCAGCUUCAUCAGAUGAGGAUGUGGAACAAAGCACGGGCCUGUUUGAUGGUUCUUCUGAUAUGUUCGUUAUCGCGAUGGCUUCUUUGAUUGGAAUGUUAGCAGUUGCUGUCAUCGUUGGACUUAUUUAUCAUUAUAAGAUAUUUGUUCCUCUGGAAAACAAAGUUGCAAGACUCAAAUCAUCUACAUCACAUUUUGCUUCGAAAGAAGCUUUUGUUGAAGAAAUGAGCGAAUUCGUGAACUCGUUCUAUUCUGAGCUGUUCAUCAAGAUAAAUGCGAGCAAAGAGAAGAACAAACAAGCAAUCAAGAAGAUCAAAGAAAAACAUACAGUUGGAAAGAAACUUGGAGGAUCUGCAAAGAGCUCGAAAAUUCCAGGCCUGGUGAUAAAAAAUCCAGUCUAUUCAAGCUCGUCGGCUGAAAACUCCUUCGACAUGAAAAGAAAACUCAUCGGGCCCAGCUCGAAAAAAAGCCUUCCCGAUCAGACUCAACAAUGGCAUUCCCCAAAUUCUGCAGCUUUGAAUCGUGCUGAAGUAUUGUUGAGGUCAAAAAGCUCAUCCAAUAAUCACCGUCAACGUGAUAUGGGUUGUGAGACAACUUUGCAUAACAGUAAAGCGAAGAAAAGUUAUACGAAGCCCAGAAAGCUUAAUAUUGUAAAAUAGCUAAUGUCUUGCGUGCUGCGAAUCGGGGAGAGAGAAGGUAAACCGAGGAACUUUAAAACUAGACAUGUUCAUAAUGGUUAUAUUGCCCAAAUGCAUUUGCAAAAUCAUCCCAAAAAAUGUUCUUUCGAAUUCCCCAAAAUGUUACAUUUUGUGAAAAAUCCUUUUCGGAAUUGCUUUCCCUGUAUUUUCCAGCCUACAUUGCAGACCUCCUUCUUCAAAGUUACAAUCUUUUUCCACAAUAUUUCCUAUUUGGCAUUUCCUUUUUGAUAAGGAAAUUACACAUUUGAACAGAGACAUUUCGUCACUUACUCAAUUUGGAGACCAUUCACCUUCACUGUCAUUUAUAAAAACUCUGCAGGAAGUAGAAUUUAACUUCGUAACCACUGAUCAGAACAACAAAAUAUGAAUUUUCUUCAUAUACUCACCCGCUAAAAAUUUUGCAGAUAAUUUCAAUUUCUUUAUAAGUUGAUUAAUAAGGUAUUCCUUUAAGAAUAACUAUCGAGAUAUCUUCUUCGAAGAGCGGCAAGGAAUUACACCAUUUCAUAGUUUAAUCUUAUUUUGCAUAUAUUUAUCUUUUCAUAUCAUUAGCUUUUAUACUUAUUUAUAUUGAUGCAGAACUUCUAUAUUUCCAUAGUUUUAUUUAUUUUGCACUUUGACUUUGUAUAUUCGGAAUAUGUUGUUAUAAUUUGAAUUUUAGAUAG